UCAGCUCAUUGGAUGAAGCCGACAAGUCCCAAAAAUGUGUGAAAAGAGGGCUAAGAGGUAGGCAGGCGCCGCGUUGAGGCAGCGCUCCUGCCAGCCCCCCUCCGAGUUACCGGUGCUACAGCCGCAGCGCAAGCGGGGGCUGGGACCGAGCUGCGGGGCCGCAGCAGCGGCGGCGACCGAGGCGGCAGCGGCUGGGAGGCCGCAGCGCCAUGGGGGGGCCGUAGGAGCGGACCGCGGGGCCGGAAGGGGGCAUCGCGGCGGCGCCGGCGGCUGUGGGGUUAUCUCCGCGGCCGCGAAGGCAGCGUCCGCGCCGUUGCCGGUGGCUGAGCCGGCGGGCGGGGCGGGGCGUGCACCAGGGCCGCGGGCGACUCGCGCUGCAGCAGUUGGCCUCAGGGCCCCGCCGCCCGCGCGCCGGCCCGCCCGCCCGCCCGCCCGCAGGGCGGCGCACGCGAAGGAGGCGGCGGCCGCUGAAGGAGGCGGGGAGCUCGGAGCAGGAGGUGAGGAGGUGGAGGACCAAGAGUAGGCGGCAGCGGCGGCGGCGGAGCAGUAGGCGGUGGUGGAGGUGCGCGGCCUGAAGAGGAGGAUGGAGGAGCAGCAGAAGGAGGGCGAGGCCGAGGUCGCGGAGCAUUGGUUUUCCAAGUGGGAGCGCCAGUGCCUGGCUGAGGCCGAGCAGGAGGAGCAGCUGCCCCCCGAGCUGCAGGAGGAGGCGGCUGCAGAGUUGGCGGGGCUCAAGAGCGAGAAGCAGAAGCUGUGGCACCUCUUCCAGAUCUCGGCCACCGCCGUUGCUCAGCUUUACAAGGAUUCUGGGUGCCAACAGCAAGGACUUUCCAUGUGGGACCCCUUCCAGAAUGCGGCCAUGGCCGUGACCAGCCUCUACAAAGAGAGCGGGGAUGCCCACCAACGAAGUUUUCACUUGGGGGUCCAGGUUGGCCACCAGCGUCGCAUCAAAGAUGUGCUGGAGUGGGUGAAAAAGGGCCGGAGCACCAUUCGUCGUGAAGACUUGAUUAGCUUCCUGUGUGGCAAAGUGCCCCCCGCUCCUCCUCCACCUCGCACUCCUAGGACACCCCCGAAGCCACCCACUGGGGCCCCCAGCCAGGCUGUGGCAACUGAGUCCAGCUCAUCGGUGGACGUCGACCUGCAGCCCUUCCAGGAGGCGACCGCCCUGCAUGGCCUCAGUGGCGCUAUGGCCGGCAUCAGCAUGCGAUCAGGCGACUCGCCUCAAGACAGCGGUGUCGCCAGCAGUGGGCGCCGAAAAAGUAGCUUCUUGGAGGACGACUUGAAUCCCUUCGGCUCAGAGGAACUGGCCCUCCAUCUGGACAGUGGGGGGAUCCGCAAGCGCACCUCGGCCCAAUGCGGUGAUGGCACCACAGACUCACCAAUCCAAAAGCGCAACCGAAUGGUCUAAACUGCCUCAUUGGUUGCCUGCUGCCAUAUUGCUUGAGAGUGAACUCAACCUUCGACACGCUUGUCUAAAGGUUACUGGAGACCGUUUUUCUUCCCUUCUCUAAGUUAAACAAAGAUUUCUAACAAUUUUGCCAUGAAGAAACUUUAAAAGUAUUCCAGAAGAGGCUUCAUAUGACACUGA